AUGAGGCGAAUGCCCAGAGCACAGAGAGCUGAGGCGCAUUCAGCAGAAUAGAUAGGGAGAGUUUGUUGAGAAGGUAACAUGCUAAAAUUAUCUUAACCACAGUAUUACCAGUAGUGGUAGGAAUGAAUGGCAAUGACAGCAACUUGGAGGGAAUGAUUGGAGUUUUGACAUGAAAUAUGCUUUCAGAUGAUAAGAGCCCUGCAUCGCAGCAGCAACCUCUGCUCAGAAUGACAGCAUGUCCUUUAGGUAAAAGUUCAGGGAGGUGGAGGAGGGGAUGGUGUGACUCAGUGGUGCAGAGUCUUUCCUCUAAUCAUGCACUGAAGCCCCUGGUUCCCGCCCUCUGCCUGGUGGUCGUGGUGACGUAUGGCCUGGCUGACAGACUCCGAAACUUUGUGGCUGGCAUCUUCAUCCCUCAGUACCAUUUCCCGUACGCUGUGGCUCUCUGCUUUGCUCAGGUUCUGAUUUCACUGUUAGUCUUAAAUCUCCUCCACGUCCUGCACGUGGUGCCUCUGAAGCAUUACUCCAAGUCCCUGGGUGAGAGGGUGUUGGUGCCUGCUAUCUGUAACAGCAUCCAUGCUGUGCUGGCCACGUGGGCCAAAGCCAGCAGCUCGUACACCGGCUUCUUCUCCCUCACCCUGCCUCUGCUGCCCUUGUUAACUGUCAGCUUUAGUUUUGCCCUGAAGCUGGUAUCGCCGCCAUCUAUCCACAUCUCUGUUCUGAUCUCCAUCCUUAGUGGGACAUCUAUUGUCAUCACAGCUUCCAAAGGUCUGUCAGGUGUUGAACCUCUCGAGUACAUGUAUGCACCUCUGGCUUUAAUCCUCCACAGUCUCUCUCUGACCUGGCUGGCUAAGGUGUCUGAGGCUGAGCGCUGCCAGUCCCCCGAUGCCCAAGCAUCUAUUUUUGACAUCUACUACACCCAGCUGGUCAACCAGAGCUGGGUGCUGGGCCUCCUGUGGCUGCUGCACCCACACAAUCCCUGGCAGGUGUUGAGUCAUGGCAGCUGGCAGAGCCUACUCUUCCACGGAUACCUGCUCGCUAUUCUCCUGCUGGGGAUGGUGUUGAACCUCCUAGUCGCGAUAUCAGCUCUGUGUGUCUCACCGCUCUCUGCUGCACUGCUCCACUCAGCAAGGCAGGUGGUGCAGCCAUUCCUCCAUCUUCUGUAGUGUCAUUUUAAAGGACUUUGCCAGUGACACAUAUGCAAUCCCAAUAACUGAUGACAGUGUUUUUUUAUCUUUCAUCUUUCUUACUUUCACAGUCCCAUAACUUCUGCUGCUGAGACACUUGCAUAAUGUUUUCUGCUACGAUAAAAUGUCAGCAGAGAAGCAGCAUGCAUUAAGUAACUGUAACCAUAACUGCAUAUUGCAAAUGACAAGCUAAUGAUUCACACUUGAAUUCAAAACUCUGAACACAGAUCAGUUAUUAUCUUAAUGCUAAAGGAGGGAAGUAAUAGAGCACCAGUGUCUGUACAGGACAGGACACAGUGUAACCAAAACUUUGAAUAUCAAAGAUUACAAAUUAGCAGCAUGGGUAAAACAGUAUAAGUUUUAUUUAAGAAGUGAAGGUGUCACUACAUAUAAAGGAAAUAUCAACAAGCACUUUUUUCUCAUGAAAAACCUACUAUAUUUUGAGAGAAUUGUGGAUAGUAUAUAGAAGUAUUGUCUGAUAAACAAUGAAACUAAGAACUCUUGAUGGUGGGCUCAGACAUUGGACCCUAUUUUACAUGACAUGAUUUACUUAACAGUAUUUAAGGGAUUUAAACUAUCUCAUGUUUCACUGAAUGAAUUUUCAGCCACACCUCUGUAUAAGUUGUCCUUAGAUGACCCUGAAAGCUUUUUCAGAUGAGACAGGAUAACUGUGAGGUUGAAGUUGUUAGUGCACACAGACUGUUGAACCAGCUACAUUACAUUUUUACCUAUCAGUGUUAAACUUAAAUCCCUGACUGAAUUAAUUUUUAACCAGAGGUUGCCCUUGAAUGAAUUUGACUGCUGAGGUACAUCAGAUGAAAAGGGGCCAUGAUGUGGAGAGAGUUAAAUGGUGCUGACACCAAUUUCUUUGAGUCUAUUUUAAGUUAUUGGAAGUUAAAACUGAAAUGACAUUGAAAUAAGUUUAUUUGCAAAAAUAUUUAUUCUGUUUCUUACAACCGAAUGUAAGUGCUGUUAAAAACCAACAUCAAUACAUCUAUCCAGACAUUAGCAGCAUGUAUUAAAAGUCCACAGUGAACUUGAUCAAAAGGGUUUGUCAUAAUUUGCUGGCAGACAUUUCACUUUCAGUUUACUGUCACUUUAAACAAACAUGGAUGUCAGAAACUUGAGUUUUUAGAUCACAAGACAAGACUGUAAGAGAGACCUGGUUUUCACAAUCAUCAUCAUAAAGUUUCAUGGCAUCUUAGAGAUGAAAAUCUAUAUGUACAGUGCAACCAAAACUGAACAUAUAUGGAUUCUUUUUACAUUUUCUUUUCUUUGUACACUGCCAUACAUAUGACCCCAUCAUAGAUAAUCAGUGAGGAUUGCUCACUAAUAUAGAUGAAUCAGAAAGCUAUCAUCUGAAAAAAAAAAAAAAAAACUUGUGGAAUCUUGUCAGUAAUUCUCUUGUUCUUUUGGUAUUUUACAUGUAUUUUCAAUUAAUGUUAUUUUUUUUAACUAAAUCUAUCAUGUGCACAAA